AUGGCAACAGAGCUCAAAGUUCUCAACCUCUCGAAUUGUCGGUCUUUGAGAAGAACUCCUGACUUAUCCACUUUCAAAAGCUUGGAGAUUUUAUCAUUUGAAGGAUGCUGGCAUCUAGAAGAGAUUCAUCCUUCUAUCGGUGACAUCAAGACCCUUGUCUCCUUGAAUGUCGGGUGUUGUAAGAGACUGAAGGAGCUACCGGCGGGAGUUGGUAGAAUGGAAAAAUUGAGGGAGCUUCUCUUAGAUCAUACGGAUAUACAAGAGAUUCCUAUUUCGAGAGGUUGUUUGACGAAGCUGGAGACACUAAGUGCCUCGUCUUGUAGACGAUUGGCUCAACUUCUAGAAUCCAUGGGCUCACUUGUGUCGUUAACUUUGUUGGACGUAUCCGGGACACGGAUUGAAGAAUUUCCUGAAUCCAUUGGUUCUAUGAAGGAGCUUAGGACUCUUGAUGCCUCUAAUUGUGUGUCGCUCGCUCGCAUACCUAGCUCCAUAGGCCAUCUAGCAUCAUUGCAGUGCUUGUUAUUAUGGGGAUGCCCCUCGUUGAGAGAAAUUCCUGAUUCAAUUGGGAACUUGGCAUCAUUGGCGGAACUGCAUUUAGCAAGGACAGCAAUUGCGGAAUUACUCGAAAGCAUUGGAAAUCUGCAGAAGUUGAGGAUCUUGGACAUUUGUCGAUCUCGCGUAACAGAAUUGCCUGGUGCCAUUGGAAUGUUGGCGGAACUCCAAGAGUUGAGAGCUUCAGGAUGCAAAAAUCUGAAAGGACUACCUAGUGAAAUAGGCGAACCGGUUUCCCUAAACAAGCUUAAUUUAGACAAGUCGGGCAUUACGGGCUUGCCGAAAAGCAUUUCUAAGCUCUCUUGUGUCCAAAACCCGAGGGUUCGAUAUUGCCAAAAGCUUCGAGAAAUACCGGAACCGCCCUCCGGCAUAACAACUCUACGUAUCACCCGCCGUAGUACAUCCUUGCCGCAUCUUUCCCAGCUAACCCUUCUCAAGAAGCUCACUCUUUGUGAUUGCCCUUGGCUUGAAUAUCUUCCAAAGCUGCCCGUUGGGCUAUCAAUGCUUUCUAUUACACGUUGUGGAAAACUGAAAGCGGUGACGGAUUUGUCGAAUUUGAAGCACUUAUCCGAAUUGUAUCUUGAGGAGUGCUAUGAGCUAACGUAA